UCCAAGCUACUACAGAGCCACUACACCGGUGCACUACGGUCGACCGGCCUCCAGCCCGGUCGGUCUCUCUCUGGCUCCGGAGAGACGAGCCAGUCACACACAGAGAGCGAUGCCUCCGAGCGCCGGCGAGGUGGCGCGGCCGCAGAGCCCGCUCCGCGCCAUGAUGCCGCAGAGCCCGCUCCGGAUCAAGCAGGGCGGCAAGUUCUACGAGCGGCUGCUCACCAAGGAGAGCUCGGGGGCCAACCCGUCGUUCCGGUACUACGGGUCGGAGCCGGGCUCGGUGCCGUUCGUCUGGGAGUCGGAGCCCGGCACGCCCAGGGACGCCUCGCGCAUGGUCGGCGGCGCGCUCCCGGCCAUCACCCCGCCCCCGUCCUACCUGCUCCGCCAGCACGGCGGCAUCAACGUGUCCCGCCGCGGCACGGCCAAGGGCAGGAAGAAGCGGUACAGGCUCAAGCGGGCGAUCAAGGUCGGCUUCAUCGCCGACAUGUUCCGCAGGCUCGCCGUCGGCAAGGCCUGCUGGUCGCGGCCGGGGCCGUCGCCGGCCCAGGUGUCGUCGUCCAGCCGGUGGCUCGUGGCGUCGGAGAAGCCGCCCGAGCAGCAUCAGCACGGACGCCACGACGAUCAGGUUCCCGCGGCGAAGAGCAGCGCCGUGGUGUGCUCCGGGGCGCGCCAGAUGAGCCCGUGCUGGAUGCUGCCGUUUCGCGGCACGGGCAACCGGAACCGCGACCGCGACUAGGCGUAGAUCGGCCUCGGCGUGUCAGGUGCGGCGGAGCCAUCAAAGGGGAUUAAGCACACGAUAUAACUGCGGUUUGUUAGUAUUACUACUAUACUACUUUUGUUGUUAUGAUGAUUGUGAAAGGUGUCAGCAGAAUAUGAGUUCUCUGCAGACUUGUUUACAGUUCUGUCAUCAGCAGGCCGACCGACUGUUGUUGCCUAGUCUUAGGGAGCUUGUCAUUACUGGGUUAAUUUGUGCUUGGAACUAGUAAGGGUUUGCUUAUAAUUAUGCACGAGUGACGUUUUCAA